AUGCUCCUACGACUCGCAGAGAGGCGCAUCGGCGCUUCUCGACUAUGCGUAAAUCAUCGCGGAAUGCUCCCUCCCCGGCGCAACUUGAUCCCCGCACCACAGGCGAACUCGGGCCCUCUUAUGGAAAGACGGGCGGACAGAGCUCUACCCAAUGUUCAAAGCGAGAGGCGAUGGCUACGAACCUUGCCCAUCUUUGCUGUUGUCGUGGGGGCCGCUAUGCUGGGUAUAUUCAACUACCAGAAAUCUUCCUCCAGUGUGGUUAACAGUACGCUGUAUGCGCUGAGGACUUCUCCGCAGGCGAGGGAGGUUCUGGGUGAUGAGAUUUACUUUGCUCAGAAGAUCCCGUGGAUUAGUGGAGAGAUGAACCAGCUUCAUGGUCGCAUUGAUAUUUCAUUCUGGGUUAAGGGUACCAAGGCCCAGGGUAAAAUGCGGUUUCGCAGUAUUAGACCUGACCGGACUAGCUUUUUCCGCACGGAAGUAUGGAGCUUGGAAACCGAGGAUGGCACGGUUAUCCAGCUACUUGACAAAGAUACCGAUCCCUUCAAUCAGACCAAUUGA